UUAAAUUGAGAAUGAGGAGCAGAUGAGGGUCACAGGAGGAGUAAAGAGGAGGCUCUGAUACCUUGGAGGAGAAAAAAAAGAUUGGGGAGCAGUGAUCCAUUAAGCUUCCCUUCAACUGGGCAAGAUCAUGGACUGCUCAGGCUUCAGUGUCUUUAAUGCUAGUCUGGGUUAAAUGCAAAACCUUGACUUGGUCCACUGACUCCUCACCAAGAUGCCGUUGGUGAAACGCAAUAUCGAGCCCCGCCAUCUUUGCCGGGGGGCCCUUCCUGAUGGGGUGACCAGCGAGUUGGAGUGUGUGACCAACAGCACUUUGGCCGCCAUCAUUAAACAGUUGGGAAGCCUCAGCAGACAUGCUGAAGAUAUUUUUGGAGAACUCUUCAACGAAGCCAAUAGCUUUUAUUUGCGGAUGAACUCCUUGCAGGAACGGGUGGAUCUUUUGGUGAUCAAGGUCACUCAGCUGGACUCCACAGUGGAAGAAGUCUCCUUGCAGGAUAUCAACAUGCGGAAGGCUUUCAAGAGCUCUACCAUCCAGAAUCAGCAGGUGGUCUCGCGCAAUUCGAUCCCUAACCCUGUGAUGGAGAUGUACCAGCGUUGUGAUAAGCCUCCGCCCUUGAAUAUCCUCACUCCAUACAGGAGCAGCGACUGGUUGAGGAUUCCACACGGGAGGUGAAGAAAGUGCGGAAGGCGCGCAACCGGCGACUGGAGUGGAACAUGAUGGCUUACGAUAAAGAAUUCCGUCCAGAUAACAGGUUCUCACCAUCCCCAUAUCACAUGGCUUCAUCGGAAGGAUCACUGUCCCCAGAUAAUAGAUCUUAUGCAUCCGAUGUAGCUGAUCAUUCCUACCCAGCCAGUCCUAACCAUCCUGGCCAACAGAUGAUGGCUCCAGCCACACAUCUGGCCACCGAGAACAAAGAGGUGGUCCUGGUGGCCACCCAGGUCCAGGAUCAGAUCUUCAGGCCCUCGGCAGUGGGAAGCCGGCAGAACAGCCUCAGCCGCGUGCAGCAGCCCCAUGUGCCACAGCCACCCGAGACCAUGUUAAAUGGACCACGACCUCAGAUAAUCAAGGACUAUGGUCCUCAACCAGUGCCAAUGGCAGACUACUUUGUGCCACCUGCUCCUCCGCCCCCACCCCCAGUCAUCCCUUCUGCUCAAACUGCCUUCGACAGCCCCGUCUCAGCACCUUCGGCCAUGGCACCAAAUGCUGCACCUUCAGUUAGCCAUGCCACCUAUGCGCCUAUCCCUCCCCCUGCUGUGCCCUGCCCUUAUUCUGUCUCUCCUCCCCAGGCUGGCCCCAUGGGACCUCCUGUUGCACCUCCCCCUCCCCCUCCUGGGCCCCCCACCAUCUCAGCCUCCCCUGCACACACAGUCUCCCCGCCUGCCGUGACAGUGGAAUCCCGGAAGCAGCCGGUGCCCCUGAUUCCAAUGACUGAUGCCAGGAGCGACCUGCUCGCUGCCAUCCGCCGGGGAAUUCAGCUGCGCAAAGUCCAAGAGCAAUGGGAACAGGAAGCCAAGAAGGAGCCGGUGGGGAAUGACGUGGCCACCAUUCUCUCCCGAAGGAUUGCUGUGGAAUACAGCGAAUCAGACGACGACUCAGAGUUGGAGGAGAACGAGUGGUCCGAUUAAAGAAGGAGCGGUGGGCUGCCUUUGGAGCAGGGGGGGGGGAGGUCUCCCAGUUUUUUUCCUGCCACCUUUCUGCCACCAGGCUUAGGCGACUCAGUGUUCCUGGCAGGUAAAUCACGGCUGCCCUGAGCAGCUCAGCCUCCAGGAGCUUUGCUUUCGUGCCAUGUUGUGUUGUUGACAAUGUUUUGAGGUAGCCUCUUUGUGGGCAGUCAGGCAUUAGGGAUCCUUAUCUUUUGAAACACUCAGUUGGGGGACGGGUGGGGGAGGAGAAGACUGGCUUUCUCCUGAGUUUUCCCAGUGGUGAAAAUGACACCCGAAUUUUGUUCAACAUGCUAGAAAAAUGGAGCGACCUUCCCUUAGCCCUACACCAUGCAAGGCAGGGGACCCUUUGCAGUCAUUCCCACCCAAGAUUCCAGCCUGGGCCUGACAGAUUUAGACAGCCAUCAAUUUAUGGGGAUAAAUUUAAGCCAACGCCCUUCCUAAAGAGACCCAUUCCUCAGAGCGCACAAAAGGGGGUGCGAAGAGAGGCUUCUCUCUGUGGAAAAUCCAGUAAUUUGGUUUCCAAAGUUAGUAAAUCCUUCUUAAGUUUUUCUCCAUUGCUUCUAGCACUUUCAACUAAGCUCCAGAAAGCAAAUUGGCUGGGACAAAUUGCUAGCACUUUACAAGGGAAGGGGAAAAACAGGAUGACAGACAGUAGAUUUCAGAUUUCCCUAACCUGCUGAACACAACCAUAACCCCCAGCUUGCAAAUUCAGCAGCUGUGCUAACUGCAGCUUCUGAGAGCCUGAAUCCACAAAUCCUUCGGACCUCACAUAACAGCAUAGGAUUCCAUGGUUUAUUUUGCAAGACAUGUUAUGGCCAGUAGGAAGAGUUUGAGCCUUGCUACUUUUGGCAGUCAUGCCUGACCAUAAGCCAAGUUCAGGGAGAGAUGGCAACGGUUGGACAAGGGGCAAACAAUCCCAGUUCAGAUGUGACCAAGGGGAGUUUGAGAAAAAAUCCCAGAUUAGCAGCCAUUGAGGGAGACGAAUUAGCAUUGCAAGAUUUUUUGACUCUACUUGUAGAAAACAUGAAUCCCCUGUUCUUCAGAAGACUAUUCUGACUCCACUUAGUGGGAAGAUAGAAUAUUUAUUUUCCCACUUUAUUAUUAAUCUGUCACCCAGGUGAAUGUGUGAAUAGUGAGCCAUGAAUGUUUCUAACCAUAAGAGUUUCAAAUGUCCGAGGGAAUCAGCAAAACCAGGCCAACAAUUAAUUUGCUGAGUUAUUUUGCAUUCUGAUCUAUAAUUAAAUUUUCUCAAUGUUGCCAUGGAGAAAACACUACAUUUCCUUCUCCUCCCCCCCACUUUUCCCCUAAUUGUGAAGAACUAAAACCAAAAUUGCUGUAAAAUUGCUUGUGCAUCCAGAAAAAAAGUUUGCAAAAUAUUAAUGGGAAAAUUCUGAUUUUUGAGCUGAUAUAACCAAAUAUGAUAAAACUGUCAACCAUCACAAACAGGGCAGGAUGGUUUUAGGUGCUUGUUUCUUUCCAGAAAGAUGCUGUGUACCUUUCCUUCCUGGUUUAAUCAUCUUAAAAUCCUUGAGCAGCCUUGAAAAUUAAAAUUUUCCACCAAAGUAAGUUGAUAUUCACACACUUUCAUAAAUACCCAAUUUUAUAGUUGUGCCUAUUUGGAAGUAAGUCCUGAUUGAGUUUCACUGGGCAUACACUCACUAAAUGUACAUAGGAAUAUAAUGGUAAUUUUUAAAAACAUAACAGUAUUUGGCAGUGAAUGAAAACAAGUGCCAAUUCCUCUCUCCUAAGAUCACCAUUUUUUUUACUUAUGUUUUUCUUUUAUUCAGAACAAAGUUAAAAUACAAAAUAUAAAACUCAGAACAAAACACAAAGCAGUCAAAACAUUAAGAAAGCGUAACAAAAACCACACACAUUUUUAAUGUUCUGACUGCUUUGUGUUUUUCUUUUAUGUCUUAUUGGGAUUUUUGUAUUUUGUAGAUCACUUAAUUUUUUUAAUUAGGUGAGUGUGGGGCUGUAAACUGCCCCUAAAUUCAUGGUUUUUCACAGCUUUGGGUUUUAUUGGAGGGAGGUCUGAAGUCCCCUUUUGAUUUAUGGGUAUGCAAGAUUUGAAAAGUUGCUUCAGUGUAAGUGAAUUCAGGCCUCUCUGUGGCUCAUUAAUACAACUGUAUCUUUUUUCAGGAUUGCACAUCUGCUACAGAGGUCGCUCCACGGUAGCCUCCUCUUUAAUGAUGUGGCUGCUUUCAGGCUUGCUUUAAGUUUUGGAUUCAGACCUCAACAUAAUUUGAAGCAAUUUGGGAUAUUGAAUUCAAAGCACCGCACAGCCCUAUUCUAUUUUUUUGUGGGGGGUAGAAUUUGGUCCCAAGAGGUACAGUGCAUUCUUUUAAAGCAAGAGUCUCCAAACUUGGCAACUUUAAGACUUGUGGAUUUCAAUUCCCAGAAUUCCUUAGCCAGCCAUGCUGGUUGGGGAAUUUUGGGAAUUGAAAUCCACAAGUCUUAAAAUUGCCAAGUUGGAGAACCUUCUUUUUUAAAGCGAAAGAAUGCGCUGAGUCUUGAGGUUGCUUAAUCACGCUUCUUAAAUUCUGCCCUCAGAUUCUAAUCAAAAGUAUACAAGAGUUUGCAUAACAGGAAGAUUCUGCUUUCCUCCUUCGACAAUCAAGAUAAACUAAAGUCUUUCCAUUGCCAAGAAGUGUUAAGGAAAUGUCUGUCUCUCAAUUUUUGGCAUAUGCCAUUUUUUUUUGGACUGCUACAUAUUGUCUAAAUUGGUUGGCAAUUUGCCUUUGUCAACCGAGGGAGACCAGUUACAUUAAUGGAUACCUGAUUAUUCUGAAGAAGUUUAGUGAAGGCUCUGCUGUAGCCCUUCAAAAAUAUAAGUACCUUUUUUUGUCCAAGAAAAUUCUCCAUACCUCCAGCAAGGAAUUGGGAUCCAUGUAGCCUGUAGUAGUCCUUCAAGGAACAGAUGUAUACACAGAGCUUUGACUCCCUGAAAUAAGCCUUGUGAAAAGUAUGCCUAUAUUUUGCCCACUUCUGCCUCAUUGGUCCCUUGCCAUCUUCUCAAUCCAAUCUGCUCUUAUUCCAGCCUGCAGAGGGCAGUGGGAUUCUUCAGCUCAUCUUCUCCACCAAGUGGUGGCCUGCCUUCCUGUGAUGAGCAGGAGUGACAUUCCAUCCUCUGCCUGUAACUUUCUCCAUUGUCAAGGUACAAGAUUGGGUAGGGUAAAUGGCAGAAGAUUGGAUAGAGAGGGAAAAGGAUCAAUUUUACCUACAGAACGGCCAAGGCUCUGCUCCUUCGUCUCCAGGCUGGCUGGGGAAUUCUGGGAGUUGAAGUCCAAGUCUUAAAGUUGUCAUGAUUGAGAAAUUCUGAUUUAGUAUCAGGCAGAUUCUUCAGUCCAGUUGCCAGAUCAUCAUUUGUAACAUUGAGAUAGGUCAGGCAUAGGAAAUAACCCAGCACAUUGUGACAGUAGUUGGAGGUACAGGUAGUCCUCAACAUAUAGCCACAAUUGAGCCCCAAAUUUUUGUUGCUAAGUGAAACAUUUGCUAA